AUGCUGGGUGCCACAGCCAACAGGACGCAGGCGCUGAAUUACGGCUGUAUCGUGGCAAACGCAGACAGGCAGGAGGUCCAGCACUACGUGGAGAAGCCCAGCACGUUUGUCAGUGAGAUCAUUAACUGUGGCAUCUACCUGUUCACACCCGCCAUCUUCCAGCACAUUGGCGAGGUCUUCCAGAGGAACCAGCAGGAGCUAGUGCUCUGUCCUUACCUUGGGGAGGAGAGCUCCAACGGCUGGCAGCGUGCAGAAGUGAUCCGGCUAGAGCAGGAUGUUUUCACGGCGCUGGCUGGGAGCGGCAAACUCUACGUCUACAAAACUGAUGGCUUCUGGAGCCAGAUCAAAUCGGCAGGCUCUGCCAUCUAUGCCAGCCGCCUUUACCUGAACCAGUACAGCAAAAGCCACCCAGAGAGGCCGGGCCGGAAAAAACUCCGAGGGGCCCCGCCUUGUGUUGCAGGGAACGUGUACAUCCACCCGACGGCCUCCAUCGACAGCACUGCGGUGCUGGGCCCCAACGUCUCCAUUGGGGAGGGGGUGACGGUGGGAGCUGGUGUGCGCGUGCGAGAGUCCAUCGUCCUGCACGGUGCCUCACUCCAUGACCACACCUGUGUCCUCAAUACCAUUGUGGGCUGGGACAGCACCAUCGGGCGCUGGGCCCGGGUUGAAGGAACGCCCAGUGACCCCAACCCCAACGAUCCCUACGCCAAGAUCGACAGCGAGACCCUCUUCCGGGAUGGGCGCCUCACACCGUCCAUCACAAUCCUAGGUAUGUCCUACUCCAUCCCCGCCGAGUUCGUUAUUCUCCGCUCCAUCGUCCUUCCUCACAAGGAGCUGAGCCGCAGCUACAAGAACCAGAUUAUCCUGUGA